AAGCACUACGAAGGAGGCAAGGAAAACAUUAGCGACCAGCUUCGAAUGGCUGACGUGUGGUUACUUCAGGACCCUGCUUGUUCCGGUGUGGUGUAAACACAGUGCGGUUUGCUCUCCUCACUUAGAAUCAUGUCUAAAGUCACUUUUAAAAUCACGCUUACGUCGGAUCCUCGGUUACCGUACAAAGUAUUAAGUGUACCUGAGAGCACGCCAUUCACGGCUGUGUUGAAAUUUGCAGCGGAAGAGUUUAAAGUUCCUGCUGCUACCAGCGCCAUCAUUACAAACGACGGGAUCGGAAUCAAUCCAGCACAAACAGCAGGAAACGUGUUUUUGAAACACGGCUCAGAGCUUCGCAUCAUUCCCCGAGACAGAGUCGGAGCGGGCCGGUGUCCGAGCGUCUGACCGGGUUCGAGACGCCCCUUCACCCCAGAUGACAGACCUGCGUAUUUAUUUUCAGCCCCGACAUGCUUUGUUUCAGCAGGAGCUGCUCACAUUUGGCCAUGUAUGAUCCCCUCGUCAGUUAAUCGCGCCUGAUGGACGCACGACCACCAAGCUGUAAAGCACCUCGAGUAUCAUACUACACUGUUCAUGUUCACUGUAAAUCUGCAUCUGCUUACACAUCAGUGUACCAGUAGAUUUUAAAAUGCUAAUUUUAGACUUAACCACUGCAAGUAUGUGCAUAAAAACCCCAACUGUACCUCAAUGCAGUUUCUCUAGACAGAUAUGGGUGGUAAAAUAAGUGUCACGUACCAAAAAGCUGACUUUUUGUGUUAUAGGAUGAUACUGCUGCAAAUGUCUGUUGAUGUCUGUCUGGUGUCCACAAAUAUUCGGCCACAUACUGUAUCUAAGAUUAAAGAACUAUCCUGCAAGAAUAUUGUGAUUAUUUCACUUCACCGUUUUAUCAUCAAUAUUUUAUAUCACUGUGGAUGUGAUUAAGCAUCUAUAUGGAAAUAAAGACGUUUCGCUUUACGUUGGCACUAUAUAAGCCACCCAUUAUACCCCCCAUCCUUCAUUUCCGCCCAAACAAGAUGAUGGCUGCCAUUGGCUGUUGAAGUUGCUGGUAAUAAUGACAAUAACGUAGCGCCAAACAGAAAGAAUAUUUGUUUAUACAAUUCACCUAGAUCAUCGCCCAGAUCUGUUUGUACUGUGUAACACACUAGUCAUUUCUCCAAAACAGAUGUACUAAUUCAUGUAUUAAUCUUUGUAUUAAAUUCUAAUGGCAUAUUA